AUGGGCGUCACAUUUCAAUCUUACACGCCCGCAACCUCGCUCGGGGACGAGCUGGCCAUCAUCUUCGCGUUUAGCGCCGCGAUGGUCGGAACAAUGAUCAUCUAUGUCUUUUUCUGGCGGAUCCGGCAAAAACGGAACCACGAAGAAGACCUCGCCCGUCGCAAAGCCUUCCAAAGCCGCUCAGCUUCUCGCGCAGAGACCUUCAACUUUGAUCUACAGCUCGGCACCAUGGCGCCUGUCAAAACUGGUGGAAGUGUUGCGGAGAGCUCCGAUAUAGGUACUGUCGUGGGAUCGAGUUCGGGUGCUGCUGGGGUGCAUGAGAAGAUGACGGAUCGGUAUGCUGUUCCUGAGCAUCGGGCAGAGUUGCCGGUUCAUGGGAUGGAGCUUGCGCGGGAAGUAAAGGUUAUAGGGUUGCGAAGGUUUGUAGGAUGA